AUGGAAGAGGAUCGGAGUCAUGUUGAAUUUCAGGGUUUCUGCAGCACCUUUGGCAGUAGGAAGUUGAAAUUUAAGCAAGCUGCGAAACUUCGGAGGAUUGCAGCUGCUAAGGAGAAAGAACUUGCAAAUUAUCAAGAGUUACAUGGCAAGGAGAUAAAACUUUCAUAUGACUUUUAUCUGAGAAUUUUGUUCAUCUUAAAGGUAGUUCUCGGUUACAUUUAUGUCUUAACAUAUAUUGUGCUGGUUUGCUGGUUUUGGAGGGUUCCUGUUGCCUCCGUAUCGCAACAACUUGUGCAACCCUUUGGGAAUGUUAUACCAUGGAGGGCUGGAGGAGUUGUAAACGAAAAUGUUAUGGUAGGAAUUAUUCCUUGGUUAAUAUUAUCGACCAGGGUUAGCAAGUUCGUAUGUCGACUUGCCGAGUUCUAGAGGUUGGAUGAUUCUGUACUGUCUAGUUUUCAUACACAUGUUAACGUCAUUUUGUUUUGACUAUUACUUCACGAACUUUAGCCAUGAACUUAGGAUUGUUACCUUCUCAUUUAAUUUGUAA